CGGAUAAAAAAAAGCUUCAACUGAAGUUUUAAAGAUGGGAACGCGCACAGUAGCACUCAACUCAGCCUCCUCCGCCGUGUCCUUGUGUUCCUCUCUCGCCGUGCCAACCCCCCAACCCUCGUGAUCGAUUCCGAUUCCGUGCCCGCGCGUCGAGCGAUCGGCCCAGAGAGCUCGUCGACGAAUCUCGCUCGUGUCCAUCAGAUCGCCAUCGCCGGCCCACCUGCCCACCUGCCCACCAGUCGAUGGCCUUCCCCUCUUUCACAUGGCCGUUCCGCCGCCGAGCCGCCGCCGGCGCCAGCGGCGGAGCCGGCCCAAGCAAACCCUCCGCCGCGGAGGGGAAGGAGGAGGACGCGGAGGAGCUCGGCGUCACGCCGCAGCUCCUCGACUUCCUCCGGACGCUCUCCCCCGACGCCUUCAAGUCCUCCGCCCUCCAGCUCCACCAAGGGGCCUCGGCGGAGGCGGCGGGAGAGCUCUCGGACUGGCAGCAGCGGCACGCCGUCCUCGUGCUCGCCAGAGCCAAGGAACUCGCUAAGGUCCGCUAUGAUUUGUGCCCACGCCACAUGAAGGACAAGCAGUUCUGGACAAUCUACUUCCUGCUCGCCAGGACCUACAUCUUGCCGUACGAGUUACGUGCCAUACAAAAAGAGAAGGUAAGAAGGAUGGAGACAGAGAACGGAAAGUCAAAAGAAGUGAUUGCUGUUGAGGUGGAGAUGCAGGAAUCGAAAUGCAGUAGAGAAUCUCAAACGUUACCAGAUGAUUCAGAACCUCAGGAUUCAUAGUUGAUGUUGCUGACGGCAUAUUAGGCUUCAAAAUUAUUUCGCAGAAGUUUCAGAUGCAUGCGAUGGGUGUUCAUUGUGACUUCUGGCUGGAUGUAGCAAUCUCCGCAGCGUGCCAUUGGAGUGCCUGUAUGUGUAGUAAUCAAAUUUUGGAGUCUAGGAAUUUUGAGGCAGCACGCUGCAUCUGCUGAUAGCAACAUAGCAGCUGUUUGUUGGCUGUGCACUGACAUGUAAGCUGAUGUGAACUUGGCCGUGAUCUUGAAUUGAAGUCCAUGUACUAUAUCUUUUAUGUAUUCUUGUGCGGGCUUUUCCCCCAUAUUGUUUGAGGCAUUCACAGCUUUCUGUUUUC